AUGGAGAGAGCUUUGGCGGUCAUUCGUGCUAUAGAAGCACGCGAAGCUGAAGAACGUCAGAGACGCGAGCAAGAGCAGGAAGCUGCUCGGCGAGAGGAAGAGGAGCAGCUGGCCCUGCUGGAGCAGGAACGCCAACAAGACGAAAGACGUCGACGUCAAGAAGCCGAAGCGUUGGAACGGGAGUUAAGAGAAACCUUGGAAUUGAGCAUUCGAUUGGAGAAUGAAAAUCUUGUGCAGGCCCUGACUGACACGAUUCAUCACCAACACGUCAGUCUAGACGAUCAUCAAGGCCAGCAGGAGCAGACACUGGUGUCAUCUUAUAAAGAUUUCAAGACGGAGCAUGCGAGCAGAGAAACCAAGCUUGCGGCCAACAUAGCAACAGCUCUGGAGAAGAAGCUAGCUAUCAUCAAUGCCACACAUGAUGCGGCGCUCCAGAAGCUCGCUAUGGAGCACGAGGCACAGGAAGAUGACCUGUUCAUGCAAAUUCAGGUCCACUUGCGUGGGAAGCCAAACAAGGAGGCCCGCGAGCAGCGGAUGCAGGAAGAACUUCUCAGACAGCACAGAACGGAAGAGGCCAGCCUGGAAGAGGCCCUGGACCGCGAUGUCAAGGAAGCGCGAGAUUCAGCCGACCAAGAGACAGAGCUUCUGAGGCGUGCAAUGAUCAUCAAGCUCGAAAGAGCAAGAACGCAAUUCCAUCACGACAUGGCUCGACUUGUUGCCAAAGUCGCAGCGGAGCGCAAAUGGUUCUUCGUUGUUUCAGAAAGAAGGGUGCUGAUGGCCACUGAGCAUACCAGAAUUGUUUAUGAAGAACUGAAAAAAGGCGUCGAGCCGGUGGGCUUGAGUGAAGAUAUGGCGAGUGCCAUCCAGCCACUGCCCUCGCUGCAGGUUCUGCCUACGGAGCUCGAGUCCUACAGCUCCCUACAGCAUACACCCGUCGAGCUUGAAGCGCCUUCGUCAUUCUCCUCUGACAAUCGUGGACCUCCAAGCUCCGGGAGCUCUUACACCACAACCAGCAACUACAGUUUCGUGUCCGUCGAGGAGUGUAAGGCCGACAACACCACCACGCCUGCGACACCAGCAGUCUCAAUACCCAUCAUCCGGCGGCCCAUGCCACGCAACCCCACCCCUCCGAGUCCAUCCUUCCCACGCAACGGUCCGGCCUUCGUCGCCACGAAGCCAGGAGAAUCAAGCAAGCCCGUCAAAUUCACCCACAUACCUGAUGUGGCGAGGCCGCCUACGCCGCCAGAUACGCCAUAUCAACGAUCACCCCUAAUGCCGUCUCGCUGGCCUCUUCCUGAGGCUUCACCGUAUACCACCAACCCUCGCACCCUCCCGCCACCAUUGGCAGCCGCACAACCGUAUGCUCCAACCACCAAACCAACACGUUCCGCAGCCCCAGAGCCGCAUGCCUGGUCAUACUACAACCCCUUACCGCCGAGCAAGAGCAAGACUCAGGACAAAGGCAAGACCAAGGACAAGGCGAAGAAGAUCGAGACACCAAUACCACCCUCACAGGCAUGGAAUGUGACACCUUCGAUCUCCUCUGACGGCAGUAGUAGCCUCUCCUUGGCCUCCGGGCCGGAAGCCAAGGCGAGGAAAGCCAGCCGCUGGCCGUUCCGGAGCAAGAAGCUCACGGAUGAAGAGAUCAAGGACCGGCUGCGCAAUUUGAAGAUCGGUGAUGCUCUCUAG